ACUUCACUACGCCGCGGCCAGAACAUUCACGCUAAACAAACAUCACAUUCACCCUUUAAAGACACACUCUCUCACCUAGAGCACUCGAUUCCACUUUCUCUUACACAUUGCCGACAAAUCAGACAAAAAUCAUGACAGUCGACGAAGCAACACAAACAAACGGCAACUAUGAGGCAAAGGACGCGCAGCAGAGCACCUGGACAGUUGAGACUGUCCUCUCUGAGAUAACACCCCGCUACGCGGAAAACACCGACUCGCCCGUCCCCUUCUUCCACCUCCUCGAGCGCCUAAAGACGACCAAGCGUGCAGGAUGGCACCGAUUCGGCAUUGAGGGCGAAUCAAUCUCCGACCACAUGUAUCGCAUGAGCAUCCUCACCAUGAUGGCCCCCAAAUCGAUUUCCGAACAUCUCGACAUACUCAAGUGCUGUCGCAUGGCUCUUAUCCACGACAUGGCCGAGUCUCUGGUCGGAGACAUCACACCAGUAGAUGACGUGAGCAAGCCGGAGAAGAGCAGGAGGGAAGCCGACACCAUGGACUACAUCUGCACGAACUUGCUGGGUAAGUUCAACGGCGGUCUGAAUGGCAAGGAGGUGCGGGAAAUUUGGCAGGAAUACGAGGACAGCGAAACGAAAGAAUCAAAAUUCGUCCACGACAUCGACAAGGUCGAACUUCUAGUCCAGAUGUUGGAGUAUGAGCGGCAAUACAAGUGUGAGAAGGAUCUGGGCGAGUUCACUUGGGUCGCGGAGAAGGUAGUAAGCGAUGAGGUCAAUGGCUGGGUAAAGCAGAUAUUCCGCGAACGACAACAAAUGUGGAAGGAUGCUGGCAAGGUGCCAACAUGGAAAGGCAACACCGAGCCCAAGGACUAGUCAUGACUGUCUUGUAAUCGCGUCUUCCGGGCUUGCUCACAGACAUGUUUACAUACUUCAAUGUGCAUACUUAGAACGA